AGUAUUUUCAUCCAGCGCUGAUACCGUUCAGGGACGACCACCUGCGCUAUCAACCGGCAAGGCGGUGGCUGUCCAAGCUUAGGGUUCGCAAUUCGCAAGCAGCGCUACAAAGGAUCAGAACUCAUCAACCCCGCUGUGCAAUCAUGUCGACUACCGGGGAAGUCCCUGCCUUCUUCAAGAACAUGGGCUCGGGUAGCCCCAUGCCACGGCAGAAAUUCUGUGGCAUGUUCUGUCCAGUUGAAGGUUCUGGCGACAGCAAGACGUUGGAUUUCCAGUCACUGCCUGGGGGCAGUAGAAGGAGUGACGGACAGGUCAUUGACAGGCAGACGGACAUCUCCCAGCCAAGGGUCGAGAUACGGGAGAGCAGAGGAAAAUCAGCCCUGCAAAACCUGGAUGACAGGAGCGAUCGUCUCCUGAUCAAAGGGGCGAAGAUCGUGAACGAUGACCAGUCCUUCUGUGCUGACAUCUACAUGGAGGAUGGCCAGAUCAAACAAAUUGGCGAGAACUUGAUAGUGCCCGGUGGGGUGAAGAUCAUCGAUGCCCACGGGCGCAUGGUCAUGCCAGGGGGUAUCGAUGUGCACACACGCUUCCAGAUGCCCGACCGGGGCAUGACCUCAGUGGACGACUUCUACCAGGGCACCCGCGCCGCCCUGGCAGGGGGCACCACCAUGAUCAUUGACCACGUGGUCCCGGAACCCGGGGCCAGCCUGCUGUCAGCCUUUGAGCAGUGGCGUGAGUGGGCGGACAGCAAGUCCUGUUGUGACUACUCCUUGCAUGUGGACAUCACUGAGUGGCACAAGGGAGUUCAGGAGGAGAUGGAGGCCCUCGUCAAGGACCACGGUGUCAACUCUUUCCUUGUCUAUCUGGCUUAUAAGGAUGUUUUCCAGCUUACUGACUCUCAGGUCUAUGAGGUGUUCAGUGUGAUCCGGGAUCUGGGAGCCAUCGCUCAGGUCCAUGCUGAGAACGGAGACAUCGUGGCUGAGGAGCAGCGUCGUAUCCUGGAGCAGGGCAUCACUGGACCUGAGGGACACGUCUUGAGCCGUCCUGAAGAGGUGGAGGCGGAGGCUGUCAACCGCUCUGUGACAGUAGCCAAUCAGACUAAUUGUCCCCUCUACAUCACCAAGGUGAUGAGCAAGAGUGCUGCUGAUGUCAUCGCUCAGGCCAGGAAGAAGGGCACUGUUGUGUACGGGGAGCCAAUCACUGCCAGCCUGGGCACAGACGGCUCACACUAUUGGAGCAAGAACUGGGCCAAGGCCGCCGCCUUCAUCACAUCCCCGCCCCUCAGCCCAGACCCGACCACGCCCGACUAUCUCAGCUCCCUGCUCUCCUGUGGGGACCUGCAGGUGACUGGUAGUGCCCACUGCACCUUCAGCACUGCCCAGCGUGCCGUGGGCAAAGACGACUUCACCCUCAUCCCUGAGGGUACCAACGGCACUGAGGAGAGAAUGUCCCUCAUCUGGGACAAGUGUGUGGUGACAGGUAAAAUGGAUGAGAACCAGUUUGUGGCGGUCACCAGCACCAACGCUGCUAAGAUCUUCAACCUGUACCCCCGUAAGGGCCGCAUCGCUGUGGGCUCUGACGCUGACCUGGUACUCUGGGACCCAGAUGUCAUCAAGAUCAUCUCAGCCAAGAGCCACAACUCGAAUGUGGAGUAUAACAUAUUUGAGGGCGUGGAGGUGCGUGGCGCGCCCCUGGUGGUGAUCAGCCAGGGUAAGAUGGUCCUGGAGGAGGGGAACCUCCACACCACUGAGGGGUGCGGCCGCUUCGUGGGCCGGAAGCCCUUCCCCGACUACGUCUACAAGAGGAUAAGGGCUCGCAGCAGGCUGGCUGAGCUGAGGGGAGUUCCCCGAGGCCUCUAUGACGGGCCUGUCUGUGAGGUGUCACUCACACCCAAAACUAUGACUCCUGCCUCUUCUGCCAAGACCUCUCCAGCCAAGCAGGCAGCAGCUGGUGCCCAGCCUGUCCGCAACCUGCACCAGUCAGGGUUCAGCCUAUCUGGUGCUCAAGUUGAUGACAACCUUCCUCGACGUAACACCCAGCGCAUCGUGGCGCCACCCGGUGGCAGGGCCAACAUCACCAACCUGGGUUAACAACUCCUAUUGGCCACCAGGGGAAAUGAGGGCUUGAGGGGAGGGGCAUCAGGGACUAGGGGCCAUUCCACCAGGAGGCAAACCCUCUAGCUAC